CGCAACAUGGUUAGACGUCAAGCAUCGUCAUUGUCAGGGAAUGGGUUAAUAACAUAUUGCUCUUUUGAAAUAUUGUUCCAUCAUGACUCACUUGCCUAUUUAUUUACAUUGCAGACUCAUACAUGUGCCACCCUGUCCCGGAGGACUCUGCCACAAUGUUGUCUAUCUACCACAUGUGCCAUCUCACUUCUAACCCUAUUGGCUGGGAAUGUGUAUGAGUGUUAAACAGGCACACACACCCUCUUCCUGUGAAACACGCACGCACACCUCCCGCCUCAGUCACUCACUAACUCUCUUGAGUGCCAAGUUUCUCCUGACAGGAGCAGCACAAAAUGCCGGGAUUCUAAUCCAGUGUGAGUUCUGAGCACGAGAAGGACAUGCUCCGAUCCCUGCUUUUUCCAGUGUCGGAACUGCACGUCAAGAUCGUCUUAAGGAUGUGCAGGUGAAGGUGAACUGACAUGGAGGCGGCGUGGAACUGCAGCUCACGUUGUGAUUCCCCACUCUGCCUCAGCCACUCGGGGGUCCUAAGGCAAGACAGCAUGGAGGUGCUGCAUAGACUCUGCGGCCUCACUAGGAUGGUGGCGACACCUCCGAGACGCUGGCUGUCCCCGGUUCUGAGCGCGGUGGUGUGGACGCUGCUGUCCUGCGGCAUUUUGCUGGCCUUCUGCUUCCUGCUCUUCACCUUGCGCUUCAAAAACAACAGAAUAGUCAAGAUGUCCAGCCCUAACCUGAACAUCCUGAGUCUCAUAGGAAGCGUUCUCACCUACAUCAGCGGCUUCCUGUUUGCCGUGGACGCGCCGCCGCACCAUUCCACGGAAGUGUCUUCAGCUGUACUGCAUGCCCGGAUUUGGACCCUCUGUCUGGGUAGCACCAUGGUGUUUGGACCCAUUUUAGGAAAAACCUGGCGGCUCUAUAGGGUCUUCACACAGAGAGUUCCCGACAAGAGAGUGAUCAUCAGAGACAUUCAGCUAAUGGCCAUGGUCGCUGUCUUGAUUUUGGGGGAUCUACUAGUUCUGAGCAUCUGGAACCUCUCGGACCCCAUCCGCUGUUCCCGAUCGCUUGGUGCCGUCGUUAAAUUGGACAAGGACGUCUCCUAUUCCAUGUCUCAGCUUGAUUCCUGCUCUUCCAUGUACUCGGAUCUGUGGGUUUUCAUUAUAGUUGUUAAAAAGGCGUGUUUGCUGCUGUACGGUACCUACCUAGCGGGCCUGACCAGCGACGUGAGCCGUCCUCCGGUCAACCAGUCGCCCACCAUUCUGACAGCGGCAUCUCUGGUCACUCUGUGCUCGGGCGUGGCUGUCCCCGUAUCGCUCAUGAUGCCGGCUUGGCCCAACGUGGUCUGCGGCACGGUGGCCGGUGCCAUUUUCAUCUGCACGCUGGCCACCGACUGCAUGCUUUUUGUGCCCCAGCUGACUGAGUGGCGGCAUUUUGAGGAGGAUCACAACAACCCGAGUCAGAUGGCCAAGUACUUCAGCAGCCCUGCUAAGAGCCAGCCUUCAGUCUACAGCCAGGAUGACAUCUACUUCCUUCUUGGGGAAAACAACUCUAUGAAGCAGCUCCUCAAUGAGAAGAACGCCGUGAUUGACAGCCUGCAAGAACAGGUGAGCAAUGCCAAAGACAAGCUUCUUCGUUUGGUGUCGGCCAGUCAGCAGUCCGAGGAAGAAGACAACCUUCAGUUGUCCUCUACUCAAGCCACACAACUUCAGUGUGCUAACAUUCUGGCUUCUCAUAGCGACGUCAAGUCCGAUAUCUCACCUUCACCGACUGUCUUCCCUCGUCUUGUUGCUGAUUCUUUGUCAUUGGGUGGUCCGGGAUCUUUUAACUGUCCCCCUUUGCCUUCCUCUGUAACCCCUGUUACUGCUACGUCUCCUCUUUCUGGCGAAUUGGAUGGAGAUCCCUCCAAAGCGACAACAGAAAACCCCCUCAGGUCUUCAGGUUGUCUUCGGACAGCAGAGGAGACGGCUCAUUUUGUCACCUCUCUCCAAUCCCCUGGACUUUUGAACCAUUUUGAAACUUUGAGCAACGGACCAACAUCUCCCUCGGGGCCGAACACCAAACCGGCCGGUUUUGUCAGUAGCGAGAAGCUGCAGGAGAUCCUCCAAGAACUUAGUAUUGACACGGUUUUGGAAACUGUCCUAAAAUCUGCAAGGAGCCCUUCUAAUAGCAGAUUUACCGAGGACUCUUCGUUCUCCCCGAUUUCUCUGCAGACCCCUCGCUCCCCCACUCAUCCUCCUCUGAUCUUCCGAUACCCCAGUAUCUCCCCGUACGCCAUGAGGAAACGUCGACCGCCCUUUCACUCGCCUAGACGUAGACGCCUCCGUGCAGGACGUCAGAAUCUGACAAAGCACCCCGAGAGAGUCACAUCGAAUGGGAGUGUCACUGCGCACGGUACUGUACUGCGGGUUCCUGACUGCGACUUUGACUUGCAAGAUGAGGAAGGAAGUUUGCCAACAAAAUCUUACGGAUGUUCUCCAGAAAACAUCAACGUGUUUGACGUAGAGACAGUAGGCGAUGCUCAGGACUCACGCAAGUACUGGGACUCGGACUCCAGCAGCUCCACGGACUACUGCUACUACCACCGACCAUACUGCGACUCCUGCUUGCAACGAGGCUCGCUCUUGACCUCGGACUCUUCAGACUCUUCCGACAGCGAGUACGAAAGUAACGAUCUCUAUCGUUCUGCACAUCCGGUGGUAUUCAAGGAAGACCUCAAACCCACGUUUGUGUAAAGACAUUUCAUUUGUGUUUAAUUUAAUGGAAUUCAUGUGACUGUAUUAUGUAUUUCACUCAUUUAUUAGCAUUGACAGUGAUAGAAAGCAAAUCAGUUAUAACUGGGAUGAUCGCGUGUCAGUGCCACCGAUGGUGAAAGACCAUAGGCGGAAUUUGAUUUUUGUGGGGGGGGGGGGGGGGCAAACCAUGUUGAUGGCCCGAGAUGCAGUGUCAGCAAUAAAAUUUACAAUUUAUAUAUGGUGGAAAACACUCAGGUGACUUGAAGUUCCGCUCUGAGACCCCCAAUUUGCCCAAAUUUCAAAAUUGUCCGAUAUGCAUGUGUGAUACAUCAUUGGAAAGCUUAAAAUCUAAAUUUUCUGGGGGAAGAAAAAUUUUGGACAGGAGGGCAUUUUUGAAAAAAAAAAAAAAAAAAGUUUUUUAAACAGCAAAACCAAACCCUAUCUGGAGGUGAGAGCACGCGAGCGCAGAAUUACAGACGCCAUGACUUUAACGAGAUAUUAUAGCAUACUUACCUUCUUUCGAUCCAAAAACUCCAUGUUGCAUGUAUCACUGAGUGUCAAGACACUGCUGUGAAUGGCCACAACUGGAUUUUUUGGAGAUUUUAUGGGUGAAACAUUGUCAUAUAACAAGGGUCCCGAUGCAGAAAUCGGAGUCAUUAAGGAGUGGUCGAGAUUUUCUUUCUCAUAUAUUUACCCUUUUAAACUUUUUUUCAUUUCUUCUUUGUUUGGAUCGAUAUUUUAUCAUCCAACUUAUCGGGGAAAAGGCAACAGUAACAAAAAAACACAAUUUAGCGAUAGUUAUGAGGUAGAUAUCCUUGACUUUUUUACAGACACCAUUUUUUUCAUUGUGACGUCAUUUGUUUAAAAGUUUAAAAUAUGCGAGUGAAUAAUUCUUUAAAGUCGUUUUUUUUUUUUUUUUAAACAAAAUAUUAGACAUCAAUUAAUGAUUCUAAGCUAAAAAUGACAGACAUUUGGAAUAAUAAAUAUAUGAUUUACCUUGUUGUCAUGGCUGGGUUGAAACAAAAACGGAUGCGCGAGUCUGUAAACGGGGGUUUCCAGGGUAAAACGGGCAAGUUAAAAAUAGUUCGGGGGCUUAAUGUGCCAUGAAUCUGCCAGGGCAUAUAUAUAUGUUUAUGCAUCGUGACACUGUGUUCAUUCCUCGGUUCAAGCUCAGUUGUUGUUGAAGCUUAUGAAAGCAUAGGAUUAAAGAAAUUCUAAAUAUCCAUCUUGCUUCCUCAGGUCAUACGCGGAGU